CGGUUCGGUUUAAGAAAGCCGUUUCUGACAAUGUAUUUCGAUGACUUCAUUAUCUGAUUUCGCGAUCCCGUUAUAACUGCCGUUGAAGGAUUAUAGUCACUGUUUAUUACUAAAUUGUAACUUUUUUUCUUCCCCAGGUCAGCAGCGCACCGCCAGUUGCGAUCGUUGACGUAUCUUUCGGAGUAAUCAUCGGGCAGACCUUCUACAAACUGGUCCCCGUGGGUGUCGUUCCUCCUGUGGUUGAGCCAGCGAUCUCCAAGCCCAAAACGAAAAAAGGCCCCGCAAGAGCCGGGCCUGACAUCAGGAAGCCGCCCAACGCCUUCAUGCUCUUCAUGAAAGAGCAGCGACCUGUUGUCAUGGCUGCUGCGGAAGGGCAAGACAGCGCCACUGUCAACAGGCUCCUGGGUCAGAUGUGGGAGUCGCUGUCGCUGGCUGAGCAGCUGGAAUAUUAUAUUAAAUCUGAGCAGCUCAGCCGGAUCCACGCCGCCAUGUACCCGGACUGGAACAACCAUGGGAGAAGGCCAAAGAGGAAGUGGUGCCGUGCAGUCAGCAGCCAAAACCAUCUGAGGGAAAAUCAUCUCAGCGUGCAUGCGCCACACUUGGCUGGACCGGUUCCAGUACCCCCAGACUUGGCUGUACCGGCCCCAGUGACCCCAACAGGGCCCAACGGGGACUUUGUUUCCACUUUUUUCUCGCGGGUUGGCACUGACGUGACCUCGGCCUUAUUCGGGCUUGUGGAGGCAGUGGAGGCGCAGGAAGUUGUUGCGGGUGGCCGUACGAGCCCAUAAUUUUCUUUCAAACUUUAAAAAUAAACGUAUUUUUUCAUCAA